AUGUAUCGACAGAACAAGUACAACCAAUUCCAAAGCAAGCCUCGGUGGCGGCAGCCGGAGCCCGAAACGCCAUCACCAGCGCCGCCGUUCGGGUCGCUGGUAGAGACAGUCGACAUGGCGGAGCUUUCGGUGACAGCCGCAAAGUUCGAAGCCUCUGCUCAGGUGACCAGCUGCGAGGUGGUGGCGUCAUACAACUGGCUCGACAAGACGGCACCGUCGGUCUUGAUCCCGGGUGCGCCGCCAAGAUGGACGCCCGUUGCAAAGCCUCGACCUCUGGCAGAAGACAGCGGUGUCUACUACCGCGACAAGAACGCCGCCAGGUACCCAGCUCAUCCGAUGGAGCCUACCGCCCUGGCCGUUCUGACGAUGCAUCCGGAGCCAUUCAAGAAGCCGGUGGACAUUGUCGGUUGCGGAAGCACCAUCGGAAACCUCUUGCGCUUCGUUCGGGGUGAAGAGCGGCCUUUCCGAAUGCUUGUCGAGGUGGUUGGGGGCGUCGUGCACUUGAUCCGGAGGGAGAACUCGCCCACUGAGACCAUUCCCAGUGUCAGAGGAUACGGACACACAUUCCCGGAAGCCUACACCACUUGGGAUGCCGGCGUGCGCGGGUCCGCAUCCCACCAGCGCGUGCUCCGGUACAACUUUGGCGGACUCAGCUGUGUCGUCCGGCACGAGGGUGACGGCUAUCUCGCAGACAAGCUUGGGUCGUUGUCAGAUGGAGGCGGUGCGGUCGCUAACGAAAAGUGGUCCGUCGACUCGCUGAUUCAAGGCUUGGGCGCCAGUGAAAUGGAGUCCAAGAGUCCCAGCCACUCGUCUCCGCUGAGUUCGCACCCGGGAGGUUUUCAAGUACCCCAGGCAGCGGUUUUCGACCUCAAGACACGGUCCAUAUUCCGGAAAGGCAAAGACUUCCUUGCAGAGGAGCUUCCUCGGUUGUGGGUGGCACAGAUCCCCAACUUCAUCCUGGCCUACCACCAGCGGGGCACCUUCACCGAGAUCGAGGUCAUGGAUGUGUCGGAAAAGGUCAAGGUGUGGGAGAAGUCGAUGCAACGGGAGCUCUCUCAGCUGGCAGCACUCUUGCAUCGCAUCGUUAGUCUUGCACAUGCGAGUCGAGAUGGACGGCUUGAGGUCAUCCGGCAGGAGGCUUCGACGCUCCAAGUUCGAGAGCAAUGCCCCGAACUGCCUCUCGCAUUCUCGGAUGACAUGAUGAUCAAGUGGGAGGAUUGGCUGGCCUUGGACGCCAAGAGCAAGGUAAGCGGAGCUGAGAGGCGGGCUGAUGACUUGGAAAAAGAGGCGGAAGACGAUUUUGCAUGGACCGUCGGAGACGAUGAUUACACUGCGUGCUCGGAGAAUUGUUCCUACUGCGGAAAGUGCACGUACUGA